AUGAGCUCAUCACAAGUAAAAGUUCGCUCCCUGUACCGCAAGCUCUUGCGACAGGGAAACCAGUUCGCCGCAUACAACUUCCGCGAGUACGCCACGCGUCGCACCAAGGAUGCCUUCCGCCAGCACAUGUCCGAAUCCGACUCGAGUAAGAUUCAAGAGCUUUUGGAGAGAGGAAACAAAGAAUUGCAAAUGUUGAAGAGACAAACGGUCGUCAGCCAGUUCUUCCAGCUAGACAGACUAGUAGUUGAGGGAGGCAAGACCGGCAAGCAGACUGGCAAUAGAAACGACAUCGUCAGACAAACCGAACACGGGUGA